UGGCGGCUCUCGUGAGGUACUGCGGUGCCCUGCACAAAGGGAUGCAUCCAAAGUGUGCGUGCCAUCCCCAGGGCCUGCACCGCUGUCCGAAGCUUGCUGCCCGCGGCGGACCUGAGGCCAGCGCAGCCCCGCCCACGCUUGGGCCGCUGGGCAUCAGCGAGCCUCGCCUCCUGCACCCUGGCUUCAGACACCGCAGAUGCUGGAUGAGAACCACCACCUGAUCCAGUGCAUCCUGGACUACCAGAGCAAGGGCAAGACAGCCGAGUGCACCCAGUACCAGCAGAUCCUGCACCGGAACCUGGUCUACCUGGCCACCAUAGCAGAUUCCAACCAGAACAUGCAGUCUCUGCUUCCCGCGCCUCCAACCCAGAACAUGAACCUCGGGCCCGGAGCACUGAGUCAGAGCGGUUCCAGCCAGGGCCUGCACCCCCAGGGCAGCCUCAGUGACACCGUCAGCACAGGCCUGCCCCCUGCCUCCCUCAUGCAGGGCCAGAUCGGUAACGGUCCAAACCACGUGUCCAUGCAGCAGACGGCUCAGAGCACGCUGCCCACAACCUCCAUGAGUAUGUCAGGCAGUGGCCAUGGUACUGGGCCUGGGUACAGCCACUCGGGACCUACGUCGCAGAGUGUCCCCAUGCAAGGCCAAGGUGCCAUCAGCAACUAUGUGUCUCGGACCAACAUCAACAUGCAGUCCAACCCAGUCUCCAUGAUGCACCAGCAGGCGGCCACGUCCCACUACAACUCAGCGCAGGGUGGAAGCCAGCAUUACCAGGGCCAGGCGCCCAUUGCCAUGAUGGGCCAGGGUGGCCAAGGAGGCAGCAUGAUGGGGCAGCGGCCCAUGGCGCCCUACCGACCCUCUCAGCAAGGCUCUUCCCAGCAGUACCUGGGCCAGGAGGAGUACUACAGUGAACAGUACAGCCACAGCCAGGGUUCUGCAGAGCCCAUGAGUCAACAGUACUACCCAGAUGGCCACAGUGACUACGCCUAUCAGCAGUCGUCCUACACAGAGCAGAGCUACGACCGUUCAUUUGAGGACCCCACACAGCACUACUAUGAGGGGGGAAACUCCCAGUACAGUCAGCAGCAGGCUGGGUACCAGCAGGGCACAGCACAGCAGCAGACCUACUCCCAGCAGCAGUAUCCCAACCAGCAGAGCUACCCUGGACAGCAGCAGGGCUACGGCCCUGCCCAGGGAGCCCCUUCACAGUACUCAGGCUACCAGCAAGGACAAGGUCAGCAGUAUGGAAGCUACAGAACGUCGCAGACGGGACCUUCUGCCCAGCAGCAGCGGCCUUACGGCUAUGAGCAGGGCCAGUAUGGAAAUUACCAGCAAUAAAGGACAAGCGUUGGCUUUGGACCCUUCAUAGUAGGAUGAGCCAGUGACAGUUCCGAUGAGUAAUGACACGUUGGUCACCCUCUUUGCCCAGUGCCGUGUCUGCAUGAGAGGCAGGCUCGUUUCGUGCUGGGUGUGAUGCUGUGCGUACCACUGGCUGAAAUGGCGUGACAUGUUUGGUGCUGUGUAAAGUAUUGUAUAUGGGUGCGAUGGGGAGGUUGUCCUGUUUGUGUCCCCUGUCCCCCUCCCUGAUGUUCUUAGCUAGCUUCGGGGGGUCACAGAGUCAUCGCGUGUUCUAUGCCCAGUGAUGAGACAGUAUCUAAGAGACAUCAUGGCCCACGCUACCAUGAACAGACCCAGUCUGCCCCCACUCAUACCAUUGUUGUAAGCGGACCGUUUUGAGAUGUUUCUUCAACUGGCGGCUCAUAGCUUGACGUACGUACGACGCUGGGUGGCCAUCUCCUCUGUGCCUAAGUAGGGCCUGGGGACACCUUCUGUGUCUUGGGUCAUGUCACUGUAACAAGGAAAAUGUGCUUCGUGUGCAAAGACCAUGAGCUGUCCUUUCCAGGACUUGGCAGUCGCCUGUGUCUCUCCAGGUUCCCUGAUCCCUGAGUACGUCUUUGUGGUAGAGAGUGAAGAGGGAUCGGUGACUGUAUUCCAGAUAACUGCCACCGUGAUGGGUGAUGGCGUCGGGAGGGGAGCCUUCCCUGAGGAGGGCGGUGUCUGAAGAGCAAGUCUCGCUGUCUCCCGGCUGCUUGUGCCUAGUGUGGCUUUGGCCCUUGUUUAUUUGGUGUCAUCUGUAGGCUUUGAGUGUUGCCGGAACCUAAAUUUAAAGACAAUUUAAAGUACUCGUGUUUAAUUUUAUGAGCAGUUGGCAAGUGUUUAUUUUACUUUUCCCGGACCUUUGAGUUCAGAUUGCCAAGCAGAUGCUCCUUUGCCUUUAGGGAGCUCUGAAACCCACACUGCAUUUUUUUUUUUUUUUGGUUCUUUUUUUCGGAGCUGUGGACCGAACCCAGGGCCUUGCGCUCCCACACUGCAUUUUUAAUGACUCCAAAUAACUUGAUUACAUCCACUCAAAUGAAAAGGACAAGUUUCAUACAGCGAAAAUUGAGUGACUUUUUUUUUUUUUUUUACGUCUUUAGGGUGUUUAAUCUCAUUUUAAUUCUGUGCAAACAGGAGAGGCAGCCUCUUUGAAAAGGUUCUGUCAGAGGAAAACACCACAUAUAGUGUAGCAUGCGUAUUUCUCAGCAUCCUUUUGGAUAAUAAUGAUGUGACUAUGAGAAAAAGAAGAAGAAGAAGGAAAAAACCUUCAAGAUAAGUGCUAAGAACAACCAAGAACAUACAAAACCAUCUCUGAGGAUGCAGGGCUUGGUGCCAUCGGGCCUGUCAGCCGGGAUGCUUUCCCUUUAUCUGUGUCUUAUAUGUAGCCCAGACUGGCCUCAAACUCACUACAUAACUGAGGCCGAACUUAACCAUCCUCCUGCCUCCACUCCCAAGUACUGAGACCAUAGGUGUGUACUACCAUGCCUGAGUGUUUCCAGUUGAUUGUUUUUAAAAUAUAAAACUUAUCGGUAGCUCAAUGGGUAAGGCCCUUUUGUGGGGUUUGCUUGAACUAAUCUUGAUGGUCUUGCCAGAAAAUACAGUGCAAGCUCCGUUUUACUCACAGAAGAGCAAGGGCCGCAUUAAAAGACUUGUCUGUGGUAGUUUCCAUAUUAAUCUAGGAUGCCCUCCCUCUCCUGUGGGACUUGAUAUCAACAGCCAUGGGUGUAUAUGUCUCCUAGGCAUAGGGUUUAGGAAACACACAGGCUGGCUACGUGACGGUUUUAACUUCAUAGAAAUGAGUUUCUGAUCGAUAUGUGUCAGAAGUGAUGGCAACUUCAUUUUAGGGACUCAGUCUCUUUUGCUCCUUUCCUUUCUGGCAGUUUCUAUAAAACCAGUCUUGCAAGCUCAGCUGGGGGCUAAAAUAUCUCAUUGAAAACGUCAAAACAUUUUAAGUAACUGUGAAAAUGGUUUUUAUUACUUGCCAAUCUGGGAAUAUGCCUUCUGCGUGUGCAUAUAUGUGUAUGUGUGUAUCUGUGUGUGUGCGUUUGUGUAUGUUAAAGUGCUGUAUUAGUGUGUGUAUGUGUGUGUAUGUGUAUGUUAAGUGCUGUAUUUAGUGUUUGUUAAUACUUUUUGAAAGAAAAGGACACUUAAAAAAUAUUAUCACCCCAAAAGUUCAAUCUGAAAUGUCUUACAUUAAGAAUUUCUUGAAUGUUGUGUAUAUAUUUUUAAAAGCACUUUGUGAAAUAGUUUAUACAUUUAUUUCCUAAUUUAUACCUGAUUUUGGUGUUAAUAUAUUUAAUGAUUAAUAAUAAUGUUUAUUUAAUGUUUUGUUCAUUUUUAUGUAAUUUUGUGGGGAAAGGUGAUGCCAGUGUUUUUCAUUGCCUGUAUUAUAGCUUUUCUUCUGUUACAUGAAUGUUUGGAAAGUCCUAGGCUGAAAUGAACCCUUUGUGCGGGCGUGGUUGACUGUGUUUUGUUUUCUGUGACCCCUCCUACUGAAGGCCAGAAAAGAUUUGGAAAUCACUGCUCAUUCUUCCUCCUGUUUCCCAACAUCCAUUCAACACUUGGUGAACUUGACCACUGAUGACUGGGGUUUUCAGAUGUGCAGACCACUACCCGAUGCUUAGCAGAAGCUGCGCACGUCAGGGGCCACGGUUGUACGGACACCUCAACAGACUUAGCAGAUAGCACAGUGGGAGAUGGGAAAAGUCCGCAGAGGUACUGGAUAGACACAGGCCUGGCCCAGGAAGGAGGUGUCUUCCUCUCCUGUCCUACCAGUUUUCAGACGUGGGCUUAAGUAAUGAGUGUCCAUUCAAACUUGUAAAAAGAGGACGACUUUCCAUUAAAAACACUUUUUUAGCCAUUA